UGUAGCCAACCACAAACUAAUUAUCUUUGUCAAUCAUCAGUCACAAGCAGCAGUGUGCCGUUCAAGUCCUUGCAAUACCCUGCUCACCAUGUCUGUCAAACCGAUCACAUCUCAUGGCCAGUUCAUUUCCAUCAUGAUGGAAGAAGGGAAGACAGUCAUCGUAGACUUCGUGUCCGAAAGUUGCCCUCAUUGCAAAGCCAUCGCCCCCACCUUUGAUGAGCUCGCAAGCAAGUUCUCGUCGGACAAGAUCGAAUUUUACGUCAUCAAUGCCGAGAAACUCGACGAUGUCAGCUUCGAAGUUGGUGGCAUAACGAGCUAUCCUACGUUCAUCGCAUUCAAGGACGGCAACAAGAUGGAGGAAUCAACGUUUGGUGCUGCUCGAAACGAUUUCCGUACGCGUCAACAUUUCAACAAGAUCAAUUUGCCAGAAGUGAAGCACAGUGCUCGAGACCUUUCCCGCCGGAUAAACAGUCAGAUGACUACUCGUGAUUGGUAGCCCUAAUUUCAAAUUUUAAACUGUCUCUACUAGUCGGGGAUUGUCACGGCUGUAUGGAAUGUACAUGUACCUCACCGUGCGUGCAAGCGGACUAUCGAGCGUAAUGAUUGCAAAACUAACAACACUGUCCCACCCCUUUUCCUCGAAACAGUCUUGGCCCAAAAGCUAGGAUUAUCCGCUGCGUGGAGCCCGGGAUCCAUCGUGAUCUGGCCUGGCCUAGCACGCGUACCACGGAGCUGAAUUCAACAGAACGCAAAACCAACGACAUAAUCACUCCUACACCCUGUUUCGCUAAUGCCGAC